AUGCCCACGCCGGCAUCAUCUCCCCCUCCCGACGGUAUGGAGAAGGAAAUCGAGUCUGAGGGCAUAUCGGAUGCAAUGCAGCAGGAAGAAGAGCGUAUGCGAGUGCAACGCGAAAAGAACGACGCGAAGCGCGAUGCGCAAAUGGAAAAGGAAAGGCAGGAAGAUCUGAAACGUGGCAAAGACAUACUGGACAAGAAAUUCCAACAAUUGGAGUUCUUGAUGAACAAGAGCAAGCUGUAUGCGACGGUCAUGCUUGCGCAGAUGCAACGUCAAGAGGACGAAGAGAAGGUGCAGGACGAGAAGACACAAGGCCAAGCCUCGAAACGCGAGAAGAACGCCGAAAAGGCCGCAGCCGAGUCGCAACGAAGAGCAACACGAGGAUCGGCGGCCAGUGGCAAUGCUACACCACAAGCUGCCCAAGACAAAUCAGGGUCGAAGAAGAAGGGUCGUGGAAGGCCAAAGAAGGAGGAUUCGAAGAUCUCAAGCUACUUCAAAAAGGAGGAUAUUGAGAAGAAAAUAGACCAGACAAGCGUGGCAGACGCGCUCAAGGAAGCUGCCGAUGACGACGACACGGUGAAGACGAGCGACAUUGGCAUGCAGAAUCUCAGGUCUGCGCGGCAACCGAAACUUGUGGUGGGAGGGACAAUGCGCUCAUACCAGCUGGAAGGUCUCGAAUGGAUGCUGUCCCUCUACGAGAACGGCAUAAACGGCAUCCUGGCAGAUGAAAUGGGCCUGGGCAAGACAAUCCAGACCAUUGCCAUGCUUGCGCAUUUGUGGGAGAACAAAUCGUACGGUCCGUUCUUGAUUGCUGCGCCGCUCAGCACCACAAGCAAUUGGGUAGCUGAGUUUGAGAAGUGGACACCAAGUAUGCCGGUCAUGCUCUACCAUGGUGACAAAAGGGAGCGCGAAAGACUGCGCAAGACGCGUCUUCGGAAUCCCGGCACAGAUCAAUUUCCCAUCAUGGUAACGAGCUACGAGAUAUGCAUGAACGAUCGCAAAUAUUUGACGAGCUUCGGCUGGCAGUUCAUCAUCAUUGACGAAGGCCAUCGCAUUAAGAAUCUCGACUGUCGCUUGAUUCGCGAACUGCAACAGUUCCAGUCCGCCAAUCGCUUGCUUAUUACGGGCACUCCCCUGCAAAACAACCUCACUGAGCUGUGGUCGUUGCUGCAUUUCCUGCUCCCCACCGUGUUUGACAAGCUGUCCACCUUCGAAAGCUGGUUUGACUUCUCUGGACUCAAAGACAAGGAUAGCUACGAGCAGCUCCUCUCGGAAGAGCGGCAGCAGUAUUUGGUCAAGUCGCUACAUGCGGUGCUGAAGCCAUUCUUGCUUCGUCGCGUGAAGACGGACGUAGAAAGCCUGAUGCCGAAGAAGCGCGAAUACGUGCUGUACGCACCUCUCACUACGAUGCAGCGCGAUCUGUACCAAGCCAUUCUCGAUGGCACAAGCAGGUCAUAUUUGGAAGACAAAGCUGUCGAGCGGUUGAGCAUUGGCCUCAGCAGCCGAGCAGGCACGCCCUUGAGCAUCAGAAGCAACAACGGGGGAAGGAAGCGCAAGGGUCUCAGCGGCGUCAGUACACCGAACAAAAGUGCAAAGACUUCUCGCGCAGGCACGCCGGCGUCAGUCGCGUCAACAAAGAGUCGCACUAAGCCCAAGAGGAAUUACGAAGAGUUGAGUGACUCGGAGUACUUCGCCAACCUCGACAAGCAAGAGAGCUCUGCUGGAGAGCCAGAAGAGGAUCUCGAUUCCGACGCGGAAGACGAGAAGAUACGCGCCGCUACUUUUGAGAUUGCAAAGCGCCAGCUCAUGCAAAAGAAGCUGGGCAACCCUAUCAUGCAGCUUCGUCUUUGCUGCAACUCACCUUACAACUUUUUCAAUCCGUUCCUCAAAGCCGACACUGAUGGCGCAGAGACUUUCGCGUCCGAGACCGAGCCCGACGAGACACUUGUAUCGACGUCGGGCAAGAUGUUGUUGCUCGACUCACUCCUCCCAGAAUUGAUAUCACGCGGCCACAAGGUCCUCAUCUUCUCGCAAUUCACAACAACACUUGAUCUGCUUGGCCAGUACCUAGACCUGCGGUCCUGGCCCCAUGCCCGAAUCGACGGUUCCGUCGCGCAGACCGACCGCCAAUCUCAAAUCCUCGCCUUCAACAAGACAGACAAGAAGAAUGCAACCAACAUUUUCAUCCUCUCCACACGCGCCGGCGGUCAAGGUAUCAACCUCGCAGCGGCAGACACAGUCAUCCUCUUCGACAGCGACUGGAAUCCCCAACAAGAUCUCCAAGCAAUGGAUCGCGCCCACCGGAUUGGUCAAACACGCAACGUCAUCGUAUACCGCUUCGCAACGCGCAACACCGUCGAGCAAAAAUUGCUCGAAAGCGCCGAAGCAAAGCGCCGUCUCGAGAAACUCGUCAUUCGAAAAGGCGGCGUGCGCAAUGAUCGCGGGAAGACUAACGGCAAUGAGAAAGAGCAGGAAGUCGAAGAGUUGCAGAAGUUGCUGCGACGGAGCGACGGGGAGAGAUUCGAUAUCGAGGGCACGGAAGCAGGGAAAUUGCUUGCUGACGAGGAGUUGGAGAUUUUGUUAGAUCGGAGUGAUGAGGCGUAUGAGAGAGCGGAGAAGGGCUUGGAUGUUGGUGGUGAGGGAGCGAUGUUCCAGGCCGUGGGGAAGAGGGAGGAAGGCGCGCUUAUGGAGGGGUUGAGGGCGUAG